GCGCUAAUUUCAUAUUGGGAAGAAAAAAUAGUCAUAUUAUGCUAGCAUAAGGCCCGCCUUUUUGAACUUCCACUUGGCAGCUCUGCUUCCCUUUUCACGGGCUAGCACCCACUGAAGAGCAGAAAAACAGGGAUCUUUACAACGCUGCUCCACUGCAGCUCCAGAGCUUCCCACUCCCGCUCGAAAAGUCAAGGAGUGCAGCAAGCGUCCUCAUCCUUCCUCCCUCCCAGACAUUCCCUCUGGUCCAGCGAGGUCAACUGAACCAGCCGUCCCUUCAUUCGCACCUCUCACCACCGCAAACCCCACUCGAUAUGCAACGAAGCCAGAGCUUCUCCCGCUGGGAUACCGAGCCAAGGAAGGACGGAGCUGAAGCGUUCCGAGGCGGUCAGGUGUUCGAGGGUCAAGACCUGUUGGACGCUCAGAGUGGGACAGGUGCUGAUGUGGGUGUUGGGUAUGCUCAGGGGUCGUCGGUCAGGAAUACCUCGACAAGACCCACCCCUCGGCCGCAAGACCACACCUCCGCACCCCUCUCUGCUGGUUCUACAACCGACAAGCAAACAGCCAUCCAUGAAGAAGCCCAACGCAUCGCGCGACUUAACCCGGAUGCGCCGGAGUUUGCGCCUGUUUGGGGUGCUGUUGGCGCGGGGACUAGAUCUACGGAUGAACGCGUGGCGAGGAAGGAGAGCGAGUGGGGUGGUGCGCCGGGUGUCCAGGGUGGGUGGGGGUGGCAGGCUGGGAAUACCGCACCGAUGACCACCACCACCGCACCCGAGACCCAACAGGGCCUCCCUGCGAAAUCACUGAAUUUGAGCUCGUACACUAUCCCGUUGAAGUCGAGGCCGAGUGAUGAACCGGGGUUGAGGAGGAGCCAGUCGGAGGGACAUAUGGCGCCGGCUGCUGAGGGGGGGUCUCAGAUGAUGCUCGGCAACCAAAACGGCAACCCCCAACGGCAAGGCUACAUCCCCACCUCCUCCCCCAUCCACGACACGCUCGUCUCCCGCGUCAAACACCUCCUCGAGCACCAGAUGCGCACUAACCUCGCCUUCGCCGAAGCCGUCGCCGCCGAGUACGGCCGCGAGCUCGCCAUGCGCGCCGAAUCCCAGCGUCGCGCGUUUACGAACGAACUCAACCGUCGCGCGCAGGUGUCGGAUAUCGUUGUGAGGAGACGGAUUAUGGAGGCGAAGGAGGCGAUCACGAGGGAGUUUGAGGAUCGGCAGAAUGCCGCGGAACGGAGGGGGAGUAUGGGGGGUGUUGGGGUGUAUGCGGAGGGGAACGUGAACCCGGUUGUGGUGAACACCCUCCAGAUGCGGAACGCGGAUCUGGGUCGGGAGGUCCUUAUCCUGCGCACCGAACUCGAUGCGCAGCGACAUGAGAGCCAGAGGUGGCAGAAUGAGACGAUGCGGCUGCAGGCGUUGCUGGAGAAGAGUGGGUCGAGGCAGGGAUCGGUUACCCCGUCCCAGCAUCAGCAGAAGGAGGCGCAUGCGGAGUUGGUGGAGCUGUGGAGGGAGAAUGAGGGGUUGGGGAGGGCGAAUAGAGCGCUUCUGGCGAGGAAUGAGGCGUUGGAGGCGCUGGUUGGGGGGAUGGGGAGCGAGUGGAGGGAUGUGGCGGAGCUUCAAUGCCCCCACCAGAUGAGCGCCACAUCGGUCCAAGGCAACCCAAAAGGCAGGGACAUCACGCGAAGCGAACAACAUGAAGUAUCGGAAGACCCGCAGUUGAUCAACAUCGAAAUCGAGGAUGAAAACGACGAAGAACAAGCGCAGGCUGAACCCGAACCGGAAUUGUUUACGGCUGAUGACGGCUCUCACGCCGGCCAGUCGCAGAUCCAGUGGAGGUCUUCGAGGGAGGCUGGAGAUGGGUUGAAGGGUGAUGGUGCUGGGAACGAUACCCGCCAGAAAAAUCCGUCCUACAACCCGCGCUCCAGCUUCACUCAGUCCGAAGCCUUCACCUACAACGCGACAUCUCCGCCGUUCACGCCUCACUUUUCCAUGACGUCUGAGAACGGAAAUGCUCACAAGACCGAAACGACUGAGGCGGGACAGACGUCAGCAACCCAUCCAUCCCCCUCAGCCAAGUCAACCUCUAGCGCCACCGCAGCACCCACAAAGACCAUGUACACCCGAGAAAUGGUCGACAGCGUCUACGCCUCUGCCCUCGGGUUUGCCAAGAACAGUUCAUCUGCACCGGGGUCGUCGGCUGCCCAGGAGGCUCAGAAUACGUUCUUUGGUUUCGCUUGAGAACAUUGGCUCACCUCGAACAUCUGCGCCAAGCCGGCGUCUCUACGCGAAGAUCUCUGGAAACUCCUCCACGGACGCACCCCCGAAACCAAGAUCUGCGAUUUUCCUCGUAUUACUGAACAUGGACGACAAAACAGAGAAAAAAUCAUAAAUAUUUGUGAGCCUGAUCGGGGUUAUUGAGUGGGGGUGCCCGUUUGCUUUUUUGAUGCGCUUAUGGCUUGCUUUGUACGUAGUGAUAUAUUUGUGAAUUAUGAAUGUAUGUAUUGAGUCAUGGGACUCCUG